GCCCUGAUAACAAAGUACACCGCUCACUUCAAACACGCAUGUUUACCAGGAGACUUUCCGACAAGGAUCGAGACGCGUUCACCUGUUUUCUUACAACAGGCAUUUCCACCUUCACAUGCUGGAUUAUCCGUAUUCCAGACCUCUGCCCCCUCUCUCCACCCCUUUCCGUCGAAGUCCCCGCCUGACCACAGAUCUUGAACUCUGCUAGGUCUUUUCGUCGCUCCGAUUGCCCAAGAUGUUGCCAAAUUUUCUCCAGAGCACCUACUCAACGUACAAGCGCGACACCGACGCCAUCGCUAAUUGGCUUGCGACUACAGCGAGAGAAUACGGCUAUUCUCCACAGGUCCUUGAAGACGACAAGACGACAGUUCAGCCCCUGCUUGAGUCACAGAGCGUUUGCCAACCAUCUGUUCAAGCUCCUUCGACAAGGCUGAAGGGUAAGGCUCGCAAGCUCGCAAGGGAGGCUGCUUCUACCGCUGCAAAUUGCCUCCCCACUGCUUCGCGAGUCUACACCAUCCCUAUCAAGUCAUUCACAAUUUUGGCAUCUGAAAUUGUCUCGCGCAAGAAAUCUUCAGUUAGCAUUCCUGCUGUAUUGGGAAAGACUUUGAACCGUGCAAUCGCUUUUCGCAAGGAUCACAACGAUUGGUUCAGUCGCAAUGAAGACAAAGAUACAUCGUCAGCGAAUGAGAGCCAUGCCCAUUUUAUCUCAGUCCUCGAACGUGUGCGUCAGAUCCUCGCACCGCAUAUGGCCACCGGAGUUGCGCACGAAGCCGUCAAGAGGUCUUUCAAGGACAUGAGCCUUAAGAAGUCGACUGAGCCACGCACCAACAACCUCUUCGAAGACCUUGAGGUAGAAGAGUCAUCUGAAGAAUUUCUCGAUGCGCCAGUGUCCGAGAAUGUUGCCUCAUCUACUACCAAGGCUGGUGACAAUAUCCGCUACCAAGCCGAACGCCUGUCGAAGGCUGAAGAAAAAGUUAUCGCCCAGAGCUGUCUUCUCGAAGCUGUUGCGGAUAUCAGAACUUUUAUUAAAGGACUGUGGCAACGCUACCGCGACAGAGAGCAAAUGGACUUGAUGGCAGCUGCUGUCACCACGAAUACUGCAAUCGAGAUGGUCAGAAAGUUGCACGAAGACUACGCCAAGUCGUUCCCGGACGAUGCUGAGUACAUAGACAUCAUCAAGAAGCCCUAUGAUUGGCUCUUUACACAAGUUGGAGAGGGCGCCUACGAACUUGAACCAUCUGACGAAAAAGUGGACGCCGCUCUGUACGCCAAAGGUGAUGAGAUCUUUAUGACCACUCAUCUCAUACUCGAGACUUUGCGAAACUCCAUGUAUACGAAACCUCAGUUGCCCGUCAUCGAUGUUGCUCUUCUGAACCAUGGCGACACUUCUAAAGAGUGGUCAAUGAGAUCGUCCGAAGACAAGCACCUUGACGAUGAAGUCGUGCUGAGCAAGGCUUGGACAGGACUGGUGAUUCUGGCUCAUAUGAAAGACAUUGUCAAGGAUGAUCUGACUGAGGGCGUCCGAGCACUGACAAUGAACGAAAAGGUUCCAUUCUGGCUUACAGUCGCAGCUCAGAUAUUCCUUGACGUCAGGCAUGUAUUGGGUCCAGAGGUUGAGCGGCCCUUUGAAGAGAUGCAGAAAGGAGCGAGAUACAUGAAGUCGUCGAUUGGUCAGACCAUCGCCUUCCACCAAAAGCUGCCACCCAACCCCAGAUUCGACCCGGGAGACAAAACGAAACUGCCACACAUCGCCAAGGUCAAUGAGCUCUUACUGUUGGGAGAUCUGGUCGAUGAGGCUUUGUCCGCGGAGGGCAUUGACAUGAAGACGAGAGAUGAAUACCGCAACUUUGGAAAACAGCACCCAAUUCUCUGCGGGGUCUGGCUCUUUAGCAUAAGACAUAAGAUGCAGCAAGUCAGCUUUGACUUCGCCAGGCUCUGGAGCACUACUGUCUACUGUGCCCACAUAUACAACGCUGUCAGGGUAGAGGGUCUCGUCCCAUCAGGCUGGGAGGACAUGGAAGUGCUCUGUACGCUACAAGACCAAAACAACCUCUUCAUGGGAACCUAUCCCGAGACACUUGUCGAGUGUGUCAACCGUUCAAACACUUGCAUGGGUUGCUCGCCCCUCAUGAGCGCAAGAAACCAAAGAAGGCCCGGACCCAUACACAACCUUAGCGGCAUGCGCACUCUUAAAUACGCCUUUCCCAUCUCCGAUCUGUUCUUUGGCCGCCUUGGAAUCGGCAGACAUAGCUUGCCCACGAAUCUGUCCCUCGUAGAGGAAAAGAUCGAAGCUCAGUACCCGAGAAGCGUCACCAAGAAAAGCUUUGUGUUCUACAAAGACAACAACCCUACCAAGCUGGCAAGAGGAAGACCAUCUCAAUCUUCUAACGCAGUCAACAAGAAGAAGCUCGACAGUAUCGACUUUCUGAGCGGUCUGGCCACUGCACUCCACAACGAAGGCGUGCAUUUGACCUUCGACUACCUCCGCCUCCACCGCACCUGCUGCGAAGUACUCCAGGACAUGGUCGGAGAAAUUGAAGACGAGGCUGGUCGAUCGCUUCAGGAGUCUAUGUUCGCGCCCGAUUUCUUCGACCGCGAUAAGCUUCUUUGGGAGCCCGACUUUGUCACCUUUCUUCUUGCCCUGGUGUCUCAAGUGCAUAUGAAGAGGAUGCCCAAGGACAACAGAAACAAAGCUCGUCGCGCUCUGGCGAAAGCCGCCAAGUGUAUCGAGGACAAGACCAAGGGCAAGGCUGGCAGCAUCGGUAUCGACGUCGUCAGAAAGGGAUUCGGCUACGAGUGGGACUGGGACAGCAGAUGAUGGAUUUGAAGACUAAAGAAACAAAAAACAUACGUAAUCAAGGCAAGAGAAACGGCAGUCAGUGAUGGAAGGCCAAAGAGAAGGAUAGCAAGACACGAUAAGAGAAUGGGUACAAGAUAAUCCAAUUCGAUUUCAUCAGACUCCAUCCUAGACAGGACAGAAUCAAAGACGAUGCAG